UAUAAAGCAGUUCGAUUGAAGCGACUGUCACUCGAUUUGUGUCUUUCGCGUGCAUUUGUUUACGUUUCUUCACGCACGGAGUUUCAUUCGACCUUCGUCGAUUUCUCUUUUGGCUCGAAGUAUUUCAUUAUCCUGGGCCGAUUUAUCAACGCAAAAUGACUGGACAACAAGAGAUCAACCUUACUCCGGAAAUUGCUCAGUUUAUCCGUGACAUUCGGUUAAACAAUAUCGUGGGCUCACAUAAACUCACGUCCAAAACUCUGGCCCUGUUCACGAAUCAUAUUUCCAAAUCGGAAUGGACCACAGCUGAACGUCUGAUGACACAAAUUCGCCAACAAGGCCAGCUACUGGUAGCGGCUCUCCCGCAGGACAUUGUCAUCGCAAACACCGUCCGACGGAUCCUCAAAAUCAUCCGAGAGGAGUACGAUUCGGCCCAGCUUCGGGUGCACUUCGAUGAUGCCCAAACUGCGCUCUCCCUGCACAAACUGGUGACCCAAACAAGUGAACAGAAGCUGGGCGAUUACUCCCAACCCCAGGAAGGUCUCAAGGAAGCCGUGCUGGAACAUCUCAGUGAAAUCGAGUCCGAGCUGGAAACCUGCGCCGAUAAUCUGUCCGUCCAGGCAACGGAACACAUCCAUUCGGCCGAGCUUAUCAUGACCAUCGGACACUCGAAGUCGGUGGAAAAAUUCCUCCGGAAGGCAGCCGAGAAUCGGACCAUCGAGGUGAUCGUGGCGGAAUGCGCCCCCGCCUGCAAGGGUCACCAACUUGCGGUGAACUUGGGUAAGGCUAAAAUACAGACCACUCUCAUUCCCGAUUCGGCUAUCUUUGCGAUGAUGUCCCGGGUGAACAAGGUGAUCAUAGGGACGCACUGUGUGCUCGCGAAUGGGGGGCUGCGGGCCGUUUGCGGCGCCUACUCGCUGGCGCUGGCCGCCAAGCACUAUUCGGUACCGGUGAUCGUGCUGGCCCCGACUUACAAACUGACGCCGGUGCAUUUGUCCAACUACGAUCAGGACGAUUUCAAUAUUCUGGGCAAUACGGAGGGGGUUAUUCCGUACAACUCGCCCGUGGCGAGGUUUGCCAAGGCGUACAAUCCAGUGUUCGAUUACGUGCCGCCGGAGCUGGUGACGCUGUUCAUCACCAACUCUGGUGGCAACGCCCCGUCUUACAUCUACCGAUUGCUAAGUGAACUUUAUCAUCCGGACGAUAACGAGUUAUAGGAAAGAGUACCGAAACUUUAUUUUUGCGAAUAAAUCACUCUCGAUUGACGAUCGACUGUAGAAAAGCAAUGAAA